AUCCCCCCCUUCACUCAGACGUGAACAUUCACUGUGAGAGAAUCGGUGCCCGGUUCUAGUACCAAAGUACCAGUCGCUUAAUCUGGCUUGAUUUGUACCAGUCGCUUCACCAGCAUCGAGUGCUUGAUAUCGUUUCUAGUGCGGCACCAUGUUCGACGUGUUCGGCUCCGUUAAGGGGCUGCUGAAGAUCGAUGCAGUCUGCAUCGACAACAACGUGUUUCGGCUACACUACAAAGCCACCGUGGUCAUUCUGGUGGCGUUUUCCCUGCUGGUGACCAGUCGCCAGUACAUCGGGGACCCAAUCGAUUGCAUCGUGGACGAUAUUCCUCUGAGCAUUAUGGACACCUACUGUUGGAUCUACUCGACAUUCACCAUCCCCAAUCGGCUGACAGGGCGCGUCGGUCUGGAUGUGGCCCAGCCGGGCGUCGCAGGCCACGUCGACGGCAAAGACGAAGUCAAGUACCACAAGUACUACCAAUGGGUGUGCUUUGUGCUGUUCUUCCAGGCGAUGCUGUUCUAUGUGCCGCGCUAUCUGUGGAAGACCUGGGAGGGUGGCCGCAUCAAGAAUCUGGUCGUCGAUCUGAACUGCCCGAUCGUGAGCGACGACUGCAAGAACGACCGCAAAAAGCUGCUGAUUGACUACUUUUACGCCAACCUGCACAUGCAGAACUUCUACGCCUAUCGAUUCUUCAUCUGCGAGGUGAUCAAUUUCGUCAACGUAGUCGGACAGAUCUUCUUCAUGGAUUUAUUCCUGGACGGCGAGUUCAGCACCUACGGGAGCGACGUGCUGCGCUUCACCGAGAUGGAGCCGGAGGAGCGCGAGGACCCGAUGGCGCGCGUCUUUCCCAAAGUGACCAAGUGCACUUUCCACAAGUACGGUCCUUCGGGCAGCGUGCAGCGCUUCGACGGCCUGUGCGUCCUUCCAGUCAACAUUGUCAACGAGAAAAUCUACGUCUUCCUCUGGUUCUGGUUCAUUCUGCUCAGCGUCCUGACCGCCAUUUCGCUCUGCUACCGUCUUUGCGUCCUGCUGGGGCCCAAGGUGCGUCUCUAUCUGUUGAGGGCGCGCUGCCGCAUCGCCACCCAAGAACAAGUCGCGCUGAUCGCCAGCAAUUGCCAGAUUGGGGAUUGGUUCGUGCUGUAUCAGCUAAGCAAGAACAUCGACCCGCUCAUCUUCAAAGAGGUAAUUUCGGAGUUGGCCACCAAGUUGCAGGGCAAGGAUUCGGCCUAGGCCGCCGGCCCCCAUUGGCCCGACACUGUGAUCGCAGAAAGACUGUUGCUUGAUUGGUUCAUUCAUUAUUUGACUACUGCCUAGGGAACGUUCUCGGUUCUCUCAAUGUACAUGUUGCGCCUCUAUCGACCUCUCUGUGAUAUGGAUCUGAUGCUUGCGCCCACAUAUCACAUUAGAGCAGUUGGUAAAUUUAUAAGUAGACUAAGAAUUGUGAUUGCUAGUUUUUUAGGUUAGGUGGUGCAGCCUCCUGUGCGCACGUGGCUCUACCUACUAGAUUAAGAUUCGAUUAUACUGCGUGCCUGCCUGUUCGAUAUUGUGAAUUUUAUAUAAAUAUAUGUUUAUAGGUAAUCGCGACAUGAGCCAAAUGUGCCUUCUAGGAAUUGUAUGCGUGUAGGCUUACGGAUUUUUCGAAAUAAAGACCAAUGGUAAUUUGCCACAGUU